GCUUGCGUCCGUGUCCGAGGGGUCUGCGUCUGCUAGACGGCAUUCGCCACUUCGCCAGCAUUCGCACUCGAACGUUACCGUCGCUCGGCUCGUACCGGAGAGAGCAAAACACUCAAAUAGCAAUAUAUUUUUUCACACCAAAAUACAAACCGCUUUGUGUGCGACCAAACCACAAACACAAACAAACAAGUGAAGAUAUCAACGAAUAUCAAACAAAACCAACUAAAUAAAUGUGAAGGAAGAAAAUUUUAUUAUAUGUGAGAGGUGUGCGCGGUGUGGAAAUCGCCGAAGAGCAAUUGUGCAAUCAGGAAAAUACGGCGAGACGUGCGCGCCGCCUGAUGAUAUUUUCUCAUCGGACGAAAAUACUCUCCGUCGCGAGUAAAAGUAAGCAAGAAGAAGGCAGCACCGGUGUGUCGUCCAGUCCGGGCUAACGAACUGCGGGCCAUCCGCUCGUUCUUCCUCUCGGUCAUUCGUGCGGCGCAGCGCGUUUCCUUUCGUUCUCAGUUUUCGGUGCGUGUUCGGUGCGAUACGCACAAAUUUAUAAUUACAUAAAAUUUAACACUCAAUCAGUGAUAGUUCCUAUGCGUAGACUCAGCGAAACUUAACUUCUUCGAGUUCCUAAAUGGUGAAUUGCAAAUUAGAGGAAUUUAUUGUUUUAAAUCAUAAUUGUGUCUUCAUAUUGGAUUCACAUUGGAAUUGACGCCUCGGAUAAUCGGAAUAUUCACUGGAUUUAUUUCUAAUAUAGGUGUUUUUGAAUGUCUGAAGAUGAGUCGUUCGAAGUGAUGCCAUCAUUCGGCUAGCCGACAUCCAUCCGUUUGUUUUUGGUUUGUUUUUAUUUUCGUUUGAAUGCUCGUACGAUGGCAACGACCGCGCGACGAAAUCCGGACGAAGACAUUGCGGCGAUUGCGAAACAGAUUAGCGACCAGGCGGAGGCGAUCUAUCAGAAUUGGAAGAGUCGUGGCCUUGGUCCGGCCGACUUGAUAUCGUGCCAUGCAGCCGGCGACACUUCCAAAUUAGGAUCAAUGUUGAAACCUCAGCCGCCCGCAAAACCCAUCGAGCUGCUGGCGCAGUCACCGACGAUGGAUAAUAAUCGCCUGGAGAAACUGGUGAAGAACUUCGUCGAUGAGGAUAAAGCCCGGAAUGCUGCACGAGGCAAACCUAUGCCUUCCAGUAUUCAAUUUGCGUUACAGAAGUUCGAGAAGAAUUCACAGCAGACUCAAGACAGUCCCGGUUCUUUAGUUAAACGACUACCGACGAAGAUUGGUGGCGGCGGUGGUGGUGAUUCGCCUGUAAUUGCCAAAACUAAUGGAGUGGAUGCUCCUAUCAGUAAUGGAUAUGCGAGUCCUUCGAAUGGUGCCGCCCCAGUCAAGCUUCAACCUAGUGGGAAGCCAGCAAUCGGUCAAAAACCACAAAUCUCACCAAAACCACGACUUGCUGAGACAAUCGAAAUGAUACUGCCCAGCGACCACAAUCCUAUGCAGUCGUGGCCGCUGAAGAAUCGCGUCAUCACGACGGAUAACGUCAAGAAAACCGCAUCGUCCGCUUCCGACGCUCGUCCAGGCGCUAAGCCGGUAUCUCCUUUUCCAACCGCCGCAACACCAGCCUCGUCAUCCUACGUAGACGAAGUCGCGCUUGAAGAGAAGAAACUACUCGCUGCGUUGAAAAAUGGCGACGUGUUGAACGAAGAAACAGCGAUCAGUCGCACCGAAGUGGCGACUAAAUGGGGCGUGCGAAACACGAGGCGUACCGAGCAGCAAGUGCCGCAUCCUGAAUUAACCACGACGCAAAAACAACACCUGCGUCAGAAUCAGUCGAAUCCGGUGCGGCCUUUCUUGACGAGGGGCUCGGUUGCCGAGCGGGUGCUUAUUUUCGAGCGCUGUCCGAGCGACUUCCUGCUGGAUAAGAGGAUUAGAAGUCCUGUCAUCCCGCUUCCUAAACCACAGCCGUUGUUGAAACAACCGACGACUCUUCCGCAUACCACUUUGCAACGCCAUGUGCGCGCAAACAGAAGCAAUGUGCACAUACCACGCUUCCACUUCCCAAUGGGUAAACCAGGAGCGCCUGGUACCAUUGAGCAAAUACGUCAACGUGUAAUGGACGCAUUUGUUACCAUCGGCGAACGCGCAUCUCGUGAACAUUUCGCGAUGUUGACUACCGCUUGUCAACUACCUUUAUAUUGGAAAACACCUCUUUAUCUCGCUGCUUGCGCGGAUAAAGGUAGUUGCACACUGGAUCAGUUCUUAGGUUUUUUCACUGCGAUGACUGCCACGUGUCAUGAUGCAGCUCCGCGUUUCGUGUAUAUUCUCACACGCGGUAAAAAGAACUGGCUUAGUCCCGAGGAUUUCAUCCCGUUGGUACAGGAUGUUGUCGAAACACAUCCAGGGCUUACGUUCCUCAAGGAAGCCACUGAAUUUCAUUCGCGUUAUGUUCACACAGUGAUCGCACGCAUAUUUUACUGCGUGAAUCGUUCGUGGAGCGGUCGUAUUAGCGUAGCAGAACUGCGCCGCUCGAAUUUACUCAAUGUACUUCAGAUUCUCGAAGAGGAGGAGGACAUCAAUCAGGUGACGCAGUUUUUCAGCUACGAACACUUCUAUGUGAUUUACUGCAAGUUCUGGGAGCUGGAUCGCGAUCAUGAUUUGUUCAUUGACAAGCAGGACAUGACCAGACACAAUGAUCAUGCGCUUUCCAAACGUAUUAUUGAUAGAAUCUUCAGUGGGUGUGUGACUCGAGGCCAAAGAAAAACCCAGCACGAUGAAAAACUCUCAUAUUGCGAGUUCGUGUGGUUUUUGCUCAGCGAGGAGGAUAAAAGACAUCCGACUGCCAUCGAGUAUUGGUUCAGAUGUAUGGAUCUGGACGGAGACGGAUACAUUUCCAUGUAUGAAUUGGAAUAUUUCUACGAGGAGCAAAUGCAUCGAUUGGAAAUGAUUGGCAUUGAGACUUUACCCUUUGAAGACUGUUUGUGUCAAAUGUUAGACAUGGUGAAACCAGCAACACCUGGGAAAAUUGCUUUGAGUGAUUUGAAGAAGUGUAAGAUGACGCCAAUCUUCUUCGACACCUUCUUCAACUUUGAAAAGUAUUUGGAUCACGAGCAACGUGAUCCGUUUGCAUCUCAACGUGACCACGACAUUGACGGUCAAGAAAGCAAUGAACAAUCCCCCACGAGGGAGGUUGAAUUGUCCGACUGGGAUCGAUACGCCGCCGAAGAGUAUGAGUUACUCGUCGCUGAGGAAGGAGGCACUGAUGAUCCUAAUAGUCUGGAAUACGAUUGUGGGUUUGAUAGGCUCGUUCGAUGAAGGAAACAACGAUGACGAUCCGCUAUCACCGCAUCUGGAUGUUGUGCUGGAUUUAGAUGGACAGCAAUGCGACGAGCUCGUGUCGGAUGAUAGCGACGAAUGCAGCAUUUAGCAGAAAUUACCGACUGCUUGAAAGUAGACACACCAAUUGACCUUAGUAUUUGUUCCUUCCACUCGCAAGGAAUUUGACGUGAAGGAAUUUCUAGUAGGCUGCAUGAAAGCUGAGUAAGAUGUAAUCGAAGAAAUCGAUCAAAAAAGUAAAGUGUUUCAACUUAACUCAACGAUAACUACGUAAAAUAGAAUUAAAGCUAAUGAUGAUUUGAUCAAAUUAGACAAAUUAGAGUGAUACCAAGCAAAGAAUGAAAGCGCAACGCUUGAAAACAAUUUGAGAAGUGGUAACUGACAAAACUACUACCAUAGUUUUUAUAAAUUAGGAUAAAACUCGUCGUUCAUCGUCCAUGAUUCAUGUUGUAUGAUCAUCCACCCAACCACGCAUACCCGAGAAUUAUUUCUAAUUUACGUGUGUGAACUGCAGCUUAGAAGAGUACGACGUUUUGCGUUCAUUUACAGUAACUUCUAGUCCUGUUGAUUUAAAUAACCUAAUUUUAAAUGACUAAUGCUUUAUUACUCGAUGUCGCGUACUCAAGGCGUCAAUCUUUAUAAUGAUAUUUAAUUUAUGAAUUAGUCGAGCUAACGAAUGUUUAUAUAGUAAUUUAUUUUAUGAACUGUGCUUAAAUUUGAGUGAAUUCGGUUGCACACUACUUAAUUAAUUGAAACGAUACUGAUUAUUGUCCAGAAUGGCACAAGUAAUUAAUUUCUAGGGAAAUUAAUCUUGAUUGAAAGAUUAUUUUGUUGUGUUUUAUAAUAUUUAUUAGUUUAUUAACUACUUACUACUCGAUGUACAUAUUGAUAUUUGCAAACUUUUGUAGUCUGUUUUUGUUUGAAUUUGAGAUAUUUAAGUAAUAGCAGUUUAUUUUAAACGCUUCUAAUGUAUUAGUGACUAAAGUUUUCAUAUUUUCUAUAUAUUUCUAUCGAUUGCAAGUAUAAACAAGUUGAGUAUUGUGUGUGUAGAGCAAUUUUGUAGGGAAUUGUGAGCUUACUGUUGAUUUUUGCACAAGCGUAAUCUAAAAACCAAACGAACACGCGCCUUUUGUGUUUUGAGUUGUUCGUUUCCAUUGACUAGAAACUUUUUCAUGACCUUGUUAAAACAUACUCGUAAAGUUUAUUCGAAUUGAAUUGAUUAAUCAUCAUUAUUUAAGUUAUUAACCGGUUUUCGCACCUUCAUAUAUUUAUAUUAUACAUGCAUAGAUCUAUUAUGUUAUCACAAUACUAGUCAUCUCUCUAAUUAUAUAUGAUGCGAUCGCCAACGAUCUGAUUUAUAAUGUAUUGUUGUAUAAAAUUGUUUACAUUGAAUAUUAGUCGGAGUAAAACAUUUCUUCACCUUUAAAA